AUGGGCGGCCAGUCGCCUCGAGCCAUUGAACCAUGGGAGAUGCUUGCCAGAGUCAAACGUCGUAAACUCGGCCAAGGGGCUGCACUAUCUUCAACACUAUAUACCACUGACCAUGGCGACAUCGCGGUAUCAACCGGCCGAUCUACGACGCCAGGUCGGGUCUCCGAGGCCCAAGGGACGCGAGAAUAA